AUGGAUCAAAACGAACAUCAGACAGACGCCCACCGGCGUCCGAAGAAGCUAAUCUUCGCACCAGGGGACAUUGCACCAACCUACAAUGAGCCCACCCCGGAACCAGAACCCCCGGCACUCCCAGCAGCAACCGUACUAGAAGCCCUACGCACCUCAGCCUCAACCCCAAACUCCACAACAGAAACCGAAGUGCUCUCCAACGCCGCACGUGCACACCAAUUCGGCACAAACCCACCUCUAACCAUCUCCCAAAUCCACGGCACAAACCCACUCCACCAAUUCAACACCUGGUUCCGGGACCCUCGCCUCCCAGCCUCCUCCGCCCCAGAAACAUGCACCCUCGCAACCGCCUCACUACCCUCCGGCCGCGUCAGCGCGCGCGUGGUCUACCUCAAGGAACUCGACGAGCGCGGCUGGGUCGUGUACAGCAACUGGGGUAGUCGAGAAGGCAAAGGCGGACAAGUUUUCGGACUUGGCGAGAACCCCGAUAUACUCGACGCCAUACCGGAACCGGGCUCAGAGGCAGCUACCGUCACUGCUGAAGUCGGGUCUGGAAAUAAAUGGGGCGCGUUGACAUUUAGCUGGGCAAGUGUUGAGCGCCAGGUCCGUGUUGAGGGUUUGCUUGAGCCGCUGAGUCGCGAAGAGAGCGAGAUGUAUUGGCGGACGCGUGAGCGCGGGAGUCGGAUUGGGGGAUGGGCGAGUUGGCAGAGUCGGGUUUUGUGGUCUGCGGAGCCCGUGAGGAUGGAGGAGAAUCAGAGACGGAAGAGUGUGGCCAAGUUACAGGGGGUGUUCAAUGGGGAUGAGCUUGUUCCGGUGGAUAUUGAUGAGACGGAUGUUGAGGAUGGCCGGGCGUUGCUGGAGGCAAAGGUUAAGGAGAUGGAAGAGAGGUUUGCGGGUGUUGAGGAUAUUCCGCUGCCACCGUUCUGGGGUGGUGUUAGGCUCGUGCCGGAGUCUGUAGAGUUCUGGCAGGGACGACGGAGUCGUUUGCAUGAUCGGUUCCGUUAUAUCUCAACUGCAGCUAUGUCAACCUCAACGCCCCAAUCAACUCCCAAAUCCUCCACGUCCCCCUGGAUCAUCCUCGCAAUAACGAGCGGCGCGUUCGCCGCAUUGAAUGGUGUUUUCGCAAAAUUAACCACGGAUGACCACACAACGGCCUUUGCGCAAUCCCUCGCUCACCUCUUCGGUCUGGAGUCAUCGCCUGUGAUUGAGAUGCUUACUCGAGGUGCCUGCCUUGGCCUAAACGUCCUCUGCAACAUAAUAAUGUGGGCACUUUUCACACGUGCGCUAACAGCCGGCCCAUCGACGGUCAAAGUCUCCAUCACGAAUACGGCAUCGAAUUUCUUGGCGACGGCGGUGUUCGGGAUGAUUGUGUUUCAGGAGGCUGUUGGGGGCCUUUGGUGGUUGGGCGCAGCGAUGAUGGGUGCUGGAUGUAUUUUGGUUGGGAUGCGGGAGGGGGCUUAG